CCUUCCCACUCUUAGUAUCUUUCCACUGCACCCUGCACGGGACAAGAACUAGGUGGCGGGCGGAAAUGCAGCGGCCGGGAGGGGCAAAAUUUUAGCAAAAUGAGAGGGAAAGAAAAUGGGACUGAUUGAUGAGCGCUUUUGUUUGAGGGGCGCUUGGUCGCAGACUGGCAGAAGCACUCGCGGGGGUCCCGAGGCUUGACGCGUCCCCGUGGGGGAUGCCCCCCCAAGAUGCUGCAGACCAGCAACUACAGCCUGGUGCUGUCCCUGCAGCUGGUGCUGCUGCUCUACGACCUGCUGGUGAACGCCUUCUCGGAGCUGCUGCGCGCCACCCCCGUGAUGCAGCUGGUGCUCUUCAUCAUCCAAGACAUCUGUAUCCUCUUCAACAUCAUCAUCAUCUUCCUCAUGUUCUUCAACACCUUCGUGUUCCAGGCUGGGUUGAUUAGCCUCCUCUUCCGAAAGUUCAAAGGGACCAUCAUCCUAACGGCCAUCUACCUGGCGCUCAGCAUUCCCCUCCACGUCUGGGUCCUGAACCUGCGCUGGAAAAGCUCCAAGCCGUUUAUCUGGACGGAUGGCCUUCAGACCCUGUUUGUGUUCCAAAGGCUGGCUGCCGUUCUGUAUUGCUACUUCUACAAGAGGACAGCCAUUCACCUGGGGGAUCCUCGGUUCUACCAGGAUUCUCUGUGGCUGCGCAAGGAGUUCACCCAAGUCCGAAACUGACCCGGCAGCCGGGAGCCGCACCUGCCCCACCGCGAGGAUCCUGGGGGGGCUCUGAGUUCAGAGGCGAGCUCACUCUCCCCAGCCCCCCCAGUCCCUCUUCCCCACAGCUUCCUUUCUGCAAUGACAGCUUUUAUUAAAGCAAUUUUAUGGAGCGCUGGGGCAACAUCUGCCCUCCCCGGUGGGGCCCGGGGUUCAAGAGUAACGCUGGCACUCCGGCGCCAGCUCCCCCAGACACUUGGCACUUGGCGCUUUUCUGCCCCAGAAUCCUUUUGUACGGUUUUUUAAAAGUAGGAAAUAAAUGUAUCCUUUUGCUGUAAA